CAAGACUGAACAACGGUACCACGAGUAGAAACAAUGAGUCAUUGCGGCGCAUUUGGGUUGUCCUCCGGCUUUGCCGUCUACACUUUCCUUCUAUUUGAAGGCAGUCCAAGGCCAUCUACUUCGCCAAUCGAGAGCAGCACCGUGUGUGCGACUUUGAUUUUACCACCACCAAUAUCCAUGCUUUAUCAAAAAUCCAAGCGAUCUGUCGUAGUGCAAGACUUCACCCGUUUGUCCCGAUCCCAGAUGUUGCAAGCUAGGGGUGAAAGUACUAGACUUAAAAGGACGAAUAGCAUACACGAUCAGGAAUUAUGAUGCGCACCGAAGAGAACAACGUCCCAGCCCACUAUCAAGCCCAAGCAGAGGAUCUAGCAGCAUUCACAUCUUGGACAAAUGCAAGCAGAACGGAAA